AUGGCGGCGUCUGUGGCGGCGCCGGAGAACUACGGCGUAGAUCACGCUCCAGAGCACUCCUCCGCGUCCGCCACCCCUGCUGGGCGAGACUCUGUACGUGACCCGCACUCCGCCACGUCGUCCUUUGCCGACGGAGGGGAGGAGGAUAAUAUGAACGACGAGAGUGAUCCAAGCGGGCUGGUGCGCUCCAUCACGUCGCCAACGUUCUCCUCUAGCGACGCCGCCGGGCAUAUGACCGACGAGGAAACGGCGGCUCGACUACUACAACAGUCGCGCGGCGCCGCACAGUCGAUUCAAGCGCAGGUGGAGAGCUGCGUGUCUCGUUUCAAGCUGAUGGAGGCGCGCCUAGACACACUCUUGAAAGAGCGGCAAGAGGCGAAGCCGAAGCUGGAGGAGGUUGCCCAGUCGCGUCAUCUUGAGCGCUACAUGGAAGUGGUGUCGCUCAACGUCGGUGGUGAGCGCUUCACAGUGCCGCUGUCGACGCUGUUAAGCAAGGAUGCCCCCAACUACUUCCACAUCCUCCUCGGCUCCGAGGAGACGGGGUGGGUCGCACCGGUCUUCAAGGAUGAGCACGACACCAUCUUCAUCGACCGCGAUCCCUUCUGCUUCAAGUACAUAGUUGACUACCUUCGCGGCUACCACUACUUCAACCUACUCAAAGAGGACUCGCUGCGGCGUCUCAAGGUGGACGCGGCGUACUAUCAACUGCCUGGUUUACUGGCAAUGCUGGGGGACGUGGAUCGUGAUGCUGAGCUGCAGUUCAGCCCUGGCCCGGGCGUCAGCCCCGAGCGUAACCGGUUGCGCGUCGUGUAUGGCGUGGCUGUUGUCGGCGACGUGUCGCUUGUCACAGGGCGACACACAAUCACGUAUGAAGUCAAGAUAGCCGACUAUGUCGGGUUUGGCCUGAUCUCCGAGUCCUGCGUCAACACCGACCAGGAGUUCCACAAGAUACCGGACUGCUGUGUCUACUACAUGUCCGGCGUGUUCUACACCAACUACCCGUACCACCGCAAGGAGGAGAACCUGGAGCGCAUCGAGAACGGAGACUUCGUGACGGUGAAGGUAGACCUGGAGAAGGGCUACGUUGAGUAUGUGUUGAAAAACUCGCACAAGAUGGUCUCCCUCGGCCGCGCUCGUCGCCUGCGCUUCGCAACCACGAUGAAGCUUGCCUCACGCGUGCGUAUUGUCCCGCCAGAGGAGGUGCGACGUCGGCUGUCACCCAUCCACUACAGCUUUGAGGAAUGA